AACUAUAUCAUAGCAUAUAUAUAAUAUAAAAUAACUCUUAAUAUCUAUUUUUAAUAUAGAUGCCAAAGCGCGUUCACAGUGCUAGUGAUCGUGAUGAUAUCAAUGAGUCUACCAAUGCAUCGAAACGUACACGAAAAGCAGUUGAACUAACUAAUCUCUGUCAAGAAUUUUACGAUGGUAUACGAGCUUGUAAAACUGAAGAUGGAAGAAUUCUAUGUGAAAAUUUCAUACGACUACCGAAUAAAAGAGCAAACGUGGAUCAUUCUAAUUCAAUUGAUUUAACUCAAAUUCAACAAAAAAUUCAUUCAGAUGAAUAUACUUCUUUUGAACAAUUUCUUGAUGAUAUUGAAUUACUUUUAAAUAAUGCAAAAACUUUCUAUCGAAAAAAUUCUACUGAAUGGAAAGAUGCCAAUGAAUUAUCAAAAUAUUUUUAUUCUAAAACAAAAUUUGAAUCAAUUGAUACUUAUUAUUUCGAAGAAUUUUUUACAGCUAUUUAUAAUGCUCAAAUCGAUGAUCGUCCUAUCGUGGAUAUAUUUUUAUUUUUACCUUCACGAAAAAUUUAUCCAGAUUAUUAUUUAAUAGUAACAAAACCAAUUGAUUUAAAAAUGAUUGCAAUUAAAAUACAAAAUAAUGAAUAUGUAACACUUGAUGAUAUGGAGAAUGAUUUAUUAUUAAUGAUUUCAAAUGCAAGAAAAUAUAAUGAUCCAAAAUCACAAAUAUAUAAAGAUGCCUGCGCAUUAAAAAAGAUUAUAACAAAUGUUAGAAAUGAACUUGAUUCAGCAUUAAAAUCAUCGAAUGAUAAAUUAAGACUUCGAAAACGUGACGUACUUUUAUCAUCUGAAGUUGCAAAUAUGGAUUAUCCAGAAGAGCCUGAUGAUGAAGAAAUACAAUCUCAACAGAAUGAUGAUGCUGAUUCUGAAACAAGUUCACUUGGUGAUGAAGAUGAUUCAUAUCGAAUUUUAUAUAAUGCUAUUCGAUACUAUAAGCUUGGUACUCAAAGUUUAAUUGAUCCAUUUAUAAAAUUACCUAAGAAAAGAUUCCAUCAAGAUUAUUAUGAAGAAAUUCAACGACCAAUUGCAAUGUCUCUAAUUAAAAAUCAGAUAAAAAAAGGAAAAUACACACAAUUAGAAGAUCUUGUUGAUGAUAUGAAAUUAAUGUUUGAUAAUGCAAUGCAAUAUAACCAAGAAGGAUCAUUAAUAUUUAAUAGCGCUAAAAAAUUAUUAGAUGUUACUUUACUCAAAGCUCAUGAACUUGGUUAUGAUGAACAAAAACCAAGAAUAAAACAAGCUCGUAUCAAUCUUCCUAUGAUUCCAGUCAAAGAUGAAUAUCUCGAAUCAUCUAGUCCUCAAUCACCUAAUUCACAACGUGGUCGAUUAUCAAAAAAACCUAUUAAAACUCCUGAACAAAAUAUUCAAACAAUCUAUACUUACAUUCGAGAAUAUCGAGAAAAUGAUAUUGGAUUAAUUGCACCAUUCUUAGAAUUACCCUCAGCUGAAGAAUAUCCUGAUUAUUAUGAGACAAUUGAAGAACCAAUUGAUAUGUCAAUGAUAAAAGAUAAAAUGGACAAAGGAAUUUAUAAACGUGAACAAGAUAUUAUUGAUGAUCUUAAUCGAAUGUUUAAUAAUGCUAAAGUUUAUAAUGUCGAUGAAUCUUAUAUAUUCAAAUAUGCAUCACGUCUUGAACAAGCCUUAGCAACUAAAUCUAAAACAAUGAUCAUUAAAAAAGAAAAACCAUCGCAAAUACCUCGAAUAAUAAAUAAAAAAUCUGUAAAUUCUGUACAAGAUAAAAUCUCCUAUUUAAUUCAAUCUAUAAAAACAUAUACGAAUCGUUAUGGACGAACAUUAUCAACAGUAUUUUUAACAUUACCAUCAAAAAUUGAUUAUCCGGAUUAUUAUGAAAUAAUUCAAAAACCAAUUGAUUUAAAACGUAUUGAAUUACAACAAUAUUCAUCAAUUAAUGAUCUAUCGAAUGAUAUGAAAUUAAUGUUUGAUAAUGCAUUAUUAUAUAAUGAACCUGGUUCAAUGAUUUAUCGAGAUGCAUUGAAUCUUCAAAGAUUAUUUCUUGAAAAAAAACGAGAUUUUAUACAUAAUGAUAAUGUACAAAAUUUAGUUUGUGAACUUUUAAUGUGUUUAUUUAUACAAACAUUUAAUUAUGAAGAUCAAGAUAAUCGAUAUACAAGUGAUUCAUUUUCUGAAUUACCUGAACAAGCUGAGAAUGAACCAUUUGAUAUUAUAUAUACAUUUGAUUUGGUUCGACAAAAUCUUGAUAAACGACGCUAUCAUCGAUUAGAUGUUUUUCAAGAUGAUCUAUUUAAAGUCUUUGAACGUGCUAGAAGAUUAACUCCACCAACUUCACCAAUUUAUCAAGAUUCAAUUAAAUUACAACGAUUUUACAUUCAUUUACGUGAUGAUAUUUGUCAACAUGGUAGUUUACUUCGAUCACCAGCACUUUUAUUUAAUGAAGAUCGUUUUCAACAAGAACUUGUUCGAGAACGAACUGAUAAAGAUUCCAACACAAAUACUAAUAAUCAGAACAGUAUAUCACCAACGAAAUCAUCUGAUUCUGAUGAAAAUAAAAUUUCUCCAAAAAAAUCUUCAUCAUCUGCAGAGAAAAGUUCAUUAUCAAAAGGUGAAACAUAUUACUUGGGUGAUUUUGUUUAUAUUGAACCUACUGAUGAAUCUAAUGAACCAGUUAUUGUUUGUAUUGAAUCAUUUGAAAAUAAAGAUAAUGAAGAUUACCUAAGUGGUUUACAAUUUAUUCGUCCAAAUGAAACUUAUCAUAGUCCGACACAUAAAUUUCUUCGUCAAGAAGUUUUUCUAACUCAAACAGUUGAACAUAUCCCAAUGAAUAAAAUUCAAAAUUUAUGUUAUGUUUUAAAUGUUAAAGAUUAUUUUAAAUAUCAACCAAUAUUUGAAAAUCAAACACCACUCGACGAUCAAGAUGUAUAUGUAUGUGAAUCACGUUAUAAUAUGAAAACCAAAACAUUUCGAAAAGUUAAAUGGUGGAAUUUACCAGAAAAUAAACGUGUUAAAUUAAUACAACGUGAUAUUCCAUUGGAAAAUAUUCGAAUGCCAUCAACAUUAGUACAUCAUCGAUCAUCAACAAUAGAUAAUGAUUUAAUCGAUAAAAUUAAAGAAACAAUAUUCUAUGAUUCAGUUAUCAAUGAUAAAUUAAAUGAAAAUUCGGCAAUAAAAAAAAAUUUUUAUGAACAAAUUGUUAUUUCAUCAAAUAAUUUUUAUAAAGUUGGAGAUUUCGUUUAUGUAACAAAUAUUGAAAAUAAUAAUAAUAAUGGGUUAGAUAAACGAUUUAUUCUUCGAAUUGAUAAAAUUUGGAAAGAGAAUGAGUCAUAUUGUCUAAGUGGUCCAGUUUUCAUUCAACCAUCGGACAUUAUUAAUCGAGAACAAUUAAUUGUUUUAUCAAAAUGUUUAUAUGAACGAGAAGUUUUUAAACGUGAUGGUCCAAGUACACAAAUCUCAUUGAAUAAUAUCAAAGGCAAAUGUUCUGUACUUUCAUUAAAACAUUUUUGUACUCAUCGACUAACUGAAGUAUCUGAAUCUGAUGUAUAUGUUUGUGAAUCAAAAUAUGUUAUAGAUGAUCAUAGUCUUCGUGGUUUAUCAAAACCAUUAAAAAGAAUAUCAUUAUCUUCAAAGGCAACAGCUGAUGAAAUAUGGACUUUUCGUAAAGAACUUUUACUUAAACAAGAUAUACCUGGUGGUCUAUUCAAAUUAGUUGACGAUAGUUCAACAAUAGAUACUGAAGAUCAAUUGAAUAGUAUUCUCAAUGGCGAUGAACAUCAUUCGAAUUUUGAUAAUAAUUUAAAUUCAUCAUUUUCAAAUCGAUAUAAUAAUAAUCGAAAAAGUAAUCGACGUACAUCCACAUCUCGUCCACCAUCUGGUUAUCUUGUCUUUGCAAGUGACUCACGAAAACGUUUAGUACGUGAUAAUCCAGGUAUUCCAUUCGGUGAAAUGAGUCGAAUAAUUGGUGAUCAGUGGAGACGAUUAUCUGUAUCGGAACGUGAAAAAUAUGAAGAACGAGCUCGUGAACGAGCAAGAGAACAAGAUACACCGAUAGCAAAUAAUUAUGUAACUCAUGAACCACCACCACCAUCACUACUACCACUACCACCACAAAGAAUAGUUAAUGGUGGUGUAGCUAUAAAUGGAUAUUAUCCAAAUGUUCAACCAAUGAAUAGUAUCCUUCCUGUUUUGUUAAAAGCACCCAUAACAGCACCUGUAAAUUUUCCUCCACGAAUUCAACGAGUUGUACAUUCUGAAACUUAUUCAAGGUAUAUUGAUCAUCUUAAAAAUGAUCAUCCAUUCAUAUCCGAUUGGCCAAAACAACUAAAAGCAUCAAUUAUUAAUAAUGGAAAUAUAUCAUCAAGAACAUUACCAUCACAUUGGUUAAUAAAUAAUAGUCCCGGUUUUUAUAAUAAUGUUUAUGAAGCUCUUUGGUCAAUGCGUGAUAAUAUGUGGUCGGAUGUUGUUCGUGUACGAAAUGUACUUUCUGAUGAAUGGUAG